GUUCCUGCACAGCCUGGGCGCCAUCUUCUCUUUCGUCUCCAAGGACGCGGUGGCCAAGGUACAGAUCAUGGAGAACUACUGCCGCGGCGAGCAGCGGGAGAAGUACGUGUCGCUGCAGUCCAUGGUGGAGUACGAGCUGGCCAGCGGGCUGGUGGAUGUCCAGAAGCGGGCGGGGCGCCCCGACUCCGGCUGCACCGUGCUGCGCCUCCACAGGGCCCUGCGCUGGCUGCAGCUCUUCCUGGAGGGGCUGAGAACCGGCCGGGAGGACUCCCGGACGUCCGUCAUCUGCACGGACUCCUACAACGCUUCUUUGGCUACCUACCACCCCUGGGUGGUUCGCAAGGCUGCCACAGUGGCCUUCUGCACGCUGCCGCCCCGAAACGCCUUCCUUGAAAUCAUGAACGUGGGCACGCCCGAGGAAGCUGUCUCUAUGCUGGGUGAGGCCUUACCCUAUAUCUGCGAUGUCUAUGGCAUCACCCAGGAGCUCUUUGCCCAGCAUAAGCUGCUUGACCUUCCUUGA